AUGGAGAGCAAAUGGAGUGGCUGGGUGCUGAUCCUUUCUGUGUGCCUGGGCUCCUACCAAGCCGUGGCCAGCCCCCUCCACGAGUGUGGCGAGCGGCCAGAGGACUGGUGCCGUGACGUGGCGACGGCGGCCAAAUGCGGGGCACUGGAGCUCUGCCGGAUCACCGUCUGGGACCAGGCCCUGGGGCAGAAGGGGAUCCCAUGUCACCUGUGCCAGGUGGCGGUCUCCGUGGUGGGUAAGAUCCUGCAGGACAACCGCACUGAGGAAAAGCUGCGGCAUUUCUUGGAUAAGAAAUGCCAGUACCUGCCCUUCCAGGACUGGUCCGUCAAGUGCAAGAGGAUGGUGGACACCGGCAUCCUCAUCCUCGUCCAGCUGGGCAAGCAAGUGCUGGCGGAUCCGAAGGUGGUGUGUGGGACCAUCAAGCUGUGCCAGCCCCAAGAGAGCCCCACCGGGGCCCUGAAGUUCCAGGAGCCGCCACCGGCCCCCGUGGGCCCUGCUCAGGACUUCGCUGACCUGGUCGCCCCCUUCAUCACCAACGUGCCCCUCCUGCUUCAUCCCCAGGACCUGCCUCACAGCGAGGCCCAGGAGAUGGAAGAGGUGUGCGGCGCCUGCCUGCAGCUGGUGGCGGCCGUGCAGCUGGAGGUGGGGACCGAUGCCACCUUCGCCCAGGUGCUGGUGGCCCACGCCAAGCGGGCAUGCGAUGGCCUGGCACCCGACUUGGCACAGUGGUGCAAGCGCUACCUGGCUGAGUACGUGGACAUGGCCGCACAGCUGCUCCAGCACUUGCAGGCUGAGCACCCGAUGGAGCUGUGUGGCCAGGUGGGACUCUGCUCCUCUGCCUCUGCACUGCCCCUCCACACGCUGCUCACAGAGAAGGUGACGCAGGUCCUGAGCAUGCUGGGGGAUGGGGAGGGGACCACGCCGCUGUGCGAGAUGUGCCAGUUCGCUGUGAAGGCGGCCGAGAGCCUCCUGGAGAACAACGUGACGGAGGAGCAACUGGUGAACGACAUUGAGAAGGUGUGCUACAUGCUGCCCCAUGGCGUCAUCGGGCAGUGCAAGGACUUUGUUGACUCCUACGGCAAAGCCGUGGUCAUCAUGUUGCUGGAGGCCACUGACCCAGCAGCUGUCUGCACCAUGCUGCACUGCUGCCCCCGGAGCGGGGACACCCACCGAGGGGCUGCUGUGCUGGAGCAGCUGGUGGUGGGCACAGGUGCCUUCUGCAACGUCUGCCAGAUUGUCAUCACCUACUUUGAUAACGAGCUGCUGAAGAACGAGACGCUGGCAGAGCUGGGCGAUGUGCUGGAGAAGGGCUGCGAGCUGCUGCCUACGCCGCUCACCGGCAAGUGUGAGGCACUCGUGGUGCAGUACGAGCCGGCGGCCGUGCGGCUCCUCGUGCAGAUGAUGGAUCCCACCUUCGUCUGCACCAAAAUAAGAGCCUGCGAUUCAUCCGAGGAGGAUCUCCUGGGCUCAGACCCCUGCGCCUGGGGACCGCACUACUGGUGCAAGAACAUGGCCACGGCUGUCGAGUGCCAUGCCGUUGAGCACUGCCGGCGUCACCUAUGGAACUAG